AUGCGCCGAAUCGAAGGGCUACAACGUGAGGCUCUUCCGUCAUUGGAUAAAAAUGCCACGGCUGAGGAUGCGGCGCCACAAAUUGCAGAGCAACCCGCAAACGUGGAUGCCGCCGUGAAUACCCCAGUUGUGGUUGAUUCAAACGAUGAUGGAACAGUCGCCCAGGAACUGGAAUUAAAGCAUAUGAGGAGUACAUUGGAAGAGUCGAUUGUGGAAACGCGUAGUACGCCUCUCGAAAAUCGACCGCGACUUCCCCGCAUAGCCCUAAGCAAGCGGAAUCGGGCUGUCGUGAGGGCUCUAAACCCAAUGCUGGUCACCAGCAUUGGGUUUAGAGCCCUCACGACUCCUCUAUUUGGAAGCCAGCCGGGACCUUUGCGAGACGAACUCAAUUCUUUUUGGCGCAGCACUGGCAGUAUGCCGUAUUAUAGGCGCCAAACUUUCCACGGCUGGACGCGCUACUGGACAAAGUAG